UGGACUUUGCUUGCACUCGUGAGUUUGUUGCGCCUUGGAAUUUCUUUUUCUUCUGGACGGCGAUGAUCGUCAUGAAGACGUUUCACCUCAUUACAGGACUGAGCGCUGUUUUCCAGUUUCAAAUGAGCCACGUGAAGAUAAAUGGAGUCUACUGCACAGGCAUGUGGGCACAGCCUGACCCAGACGGAACGUCGUAUCUAAACUCAAACAGCCACAUUUCCAGGGAGAGGAGGUCAUGGGAUUCUGGGGCCCCUGGCAGGCAUGCAGAUAACAGGGGUCACCACAGAGGUCAACACCAGCAGGAGGACUCAGACUCAGACUUGGUGAUGGAGGAGAGGCAUCACAAGUCUACGCAGACGUUGGAUGUUGAUCAUAUCUACUAUACAUCUAAAAUCUACGGUCCUGGAGAAGGAGCCGGUGAGGAACUUUGGGUGAACAUUGACAAGAUGAAAGAAAAUGAAUGGAAAGUGCAUGAAUUCCUGUCCACUACGCACAGGCAAGCAGAGAGGGUGACUCUUUCCUUUGACUUUCCUUUCUAUGGCCACAUACUAAAGGAAAUCGUUGUCACCACUGGAGGUUUCAUUUACACUGGAGACGUAAUCCACCGAAUGUUAACGGCCGCUCAGUACAUCGCUCCCCUCAUGGCUAACUUUCACCUGAGCAUAUCCGAAAACUCCACUGUGUUUUACUUUGAUAACGGCACAGCACUGGUGGUACAGUGGAGCCGCAUCCACCUCCAGGACCAUUUCAGUGCCGGAAUGUUCACAUUCCAGGCUAUUCUGCACAGCGACGGGCGGAUCGUCUUCGCUUACAAACAGAUUCCCAUCAACAUCAACGACAUCAGCACGGAGAAUCACCCGGUCAAAGUGGGAUUAUCUGACGCUUUUGUGGUUCUUCACGACAUCGAGCAGAUCCCACAUGUUCGGAGGAGAACCAUCUACGAAUAUCACAAAGUCGACAUCCUCAAGUCCAAAAUCUCUAAUUAUACGGUGGUGGAGAUGUUGCCUCUCCCUACAUGUCUGCAGUUCUCCAGCUGUGUUCCGUGUGUCACUUCUCAGAUUGGAUUUAACUGCAGCUGGUGCAGUCGGCUACAGAGAUGCUCCAGUGGUUUUGAUCGUAAUCGUCAGGAGUGGGUUGACCUUGGCUGCAUGGCAGAGAGAAAGGAUCCCCACUGUGUUCGAAUGAAAAAUACCAUAUCUGACCAGCGGAAUCACAUGACCAGUGCAGUUACUGUGACUGUGGGGCACCAGAGGAUGUUGAGUACCCCCAGCCCUGUUGGCAAACUGCCUUUCCACCCUUCAGCGCGCAGCAGCGGCAGCAGGAUGUCCACAACACUUCCAACAACUGGACAGACUGCAGACACACCAGAAAGUGCACCACAGGACGAUGACCGCAUGCAAAAUGGCCUCCUGCCGGGUGUUGUCGUGGUGAUGGUGCUUGUGGCAGCAGGGGUUAUUCUGGUUAUCUAUAUGUACAGCCACCCUACGUCCAGUGCCACUCUUUUCUUCAUGGAGCGACGUCCCACCCACUGGCCUAUCAUGAAGUUCCGGCGGGGUUCCGGCCACCCAUCCUACGCUGAGGUGGAGGCUCCCGGUCAGGAUAAAGACAGUACAGCGGGCAUUGACCCUAAACAGGUCUUUGUCAUUUCAGACAGAAGAGAGAGCGAACAGAAAGAAGGAUUCAUCGUUCCUGAUCAGAGGGAACUCUUCCUGCUGUCAGAGAACUGCUGACCAAUACUACAUA